UCCAAACAACUGCAUCAACAACAUCGAGCUCAGAGCAUGGCUUAUCGUGAAACUGGACCAGCUCUAACUGAGAGAAAAGUGUUUGGACGAGAUGAAGAGAGGGAGGAACUGUUAGCGUGGUUGAGAAAGCCUGUCGCAGAAGAGGAUGAGGGUGGUACCAAUGUGUCUCUUUUUCCUAUUAUUGGCCAUGGAGGAGUGGGCAAAACCACCCUCGCACAACUCGUCUAUAAUGACGAGAGCUUAGCUAAUUCCUUCGAUCGCAGACUCUGGGCGUGUAUCUCCACUCCUUUCAAUGCCAAAAAGGUCAUGGCAGAUUUGAUAGAAUACGCUACGGAAAGUAGACCUGAAGUCAGGGGACUUGGCGCUUUGCAAGAAGCUCUUAAGAAACUGGUAUCGUCUGGGAAAUUUCUCCUUGUCUUGGAUGAUGCAUGGAAUGAUGACAAUCGUUUUGAUUGGGAUAAAUUGUUUGCUCCUUUGAGGAGCGGCCAUAAAGGAAGCAAAAUCUUGUUAACUACUAGAUUGGAGAGCGCUGCAGACAUGGCCGCAUUGGCUUUGGGUGGGUCAAUAAAGAAAUCGUUGAAGUUAAAUCCCUUAUACGGUGAUGAUUUCUUAUCACUUUUCAAGCAAUAUGCAUUUUCUGGGGUAAAUUCUUGUGAUUAUAGAAAGUUGGAAUCCAUUGGCGAGAAAAUAGCAAGAAGGCUUGGGGGCUUACCAUUGGCUGCAAAGAUGAUUGGGGCGUUAUUGAAUUCUAAGUUGGAUGAUAGUCAUUGGACCAGAAUUUUGCAAGCGGACAAUAUAUCCGAUCAAGCACAGCAGAGGGAUGGUGUGAAUGCAGUUUUGAUGUUAAGCUACCACCAUUUACCAAUGCACUUAAGACCCUGUUUUUCUUAUUGCAGCAUCUUUCCUCAAGGUUAUAGGUUCGAGAAAGAUGAUCUAGUCUUCACGUGGAUUGCUCUCGGCUUCAUUCAACAAUCUCCCCAAUAUCCAACGGAGGCACCGGAGGAUAUAGGACGGCGUUGCUUUGAUGAUUUAGUGAAACUGUCGUUUCUUGAAAAAGGCGGUACCUUUUUUAAUCGCCAACAUAAAACACAUGCACGUUACUAUAUCAUGCAUGACCUUUUGCAUGAUCUAGCAUGUAAAGUAUCUCGUGGUGAUUGCUUUAGAUUUGUUGGAGGUUCAAUUGAUCAAAUCCCGAAUACGGUACGUCAUCUGUAUUUUGCAACCAGAAAACUUGACCUUCUUAAAGAUGUGGGCAAAAGGAAGAAUCUCCGUGCACUUGUGUUAGUCUUUAGAGGAUAUGUUAAUGAGCAUGCUAAGGCUUUGGAAGAAGCGUUUAAAUUACUGGAAAGCAUUCGGGUGUUGCGCCUAGCUGUUAACGGCAUGAAUGUAUUGCCAGAUGCAAUUGGUAACAUGAGGCAUAUUAGAUAUUUGUCGAUUCGUCAUGUUAUUUCUCGGUUACCUAGUUCAUUCUGUAGGCUUUACCACCUGCAGGUCCUUGCCUGUGAAUUUUUUGCUAAUGAGACUGUUCUUGGCUUGAAUAAUCUUAUUAGUUUGAGACACCUGAUACCAUGUGAAGUUUACUAUAAAAAAAUCGAGGGGUUAGGGACAUUAACUUCACUUCAACGUUUGUCGUUUGCUGCUAAUGUUUGUAAAAUGAGCGAAUUGAAGGACCUGAAAGAUCUGCAGGAACUGAAGAUCCGUGGUCUUGAGAAUCGCAAACAUCACAAGGAAGUUAGUAUGAUCGAGUUGCAUCGUAAAAGGAACCUCCUCAAGUUAGAGCUGGUUUGGUCUGAUGAUAGUGAUGUGGCGGAUGAGUAUGAACUGAUGCUUGAUCGCCUGCAGCCACCUGAUAGCCUCAGGGAACUAACAAUCAAGGGAUACCAAGGUGCCAGGUCUCCAUGUUGGAUGGAACCAGAAUUAUUAAAAAAUCUGGAGUACAUGAGCCUUGAAUAUGGCAGGGCAUGGAAGCACCUUCCUUCUCUCGGGAAGCUCCCAUACCUCAUGCGUUUGGCAUUGAGUGGACUGCCAGCUCUUCGGCAAAUUAAUUGUGAAGGUGGCUUUCAACAAAUGAAGCUUUUAGAUAUAUCUGACUGUGAGCAAUGGGAAGAGUGGUGUGGAUUAGAAGCAGAGGCAGUACCCUGGUGUCCUCUCCUCGAAGAACUUGUUAUCAAGAAUUGUCGCAAACUGAAGGCACUGCCCCCUCUGCCACUCGGUCUCAAAAAAUUGGAGUUGGAAGUUGUGGGAUUGUCUGAUUCUCCAACGUUCUGGGUGGGCAGCAACUGCAGUGGUAGCAGCUGCAGUACUAGCUUUUCAUCCACGUCCUCUCCCUCCCUCUCUACAUUGAUAAUUAGAAGGUGUGGAAAGCUGACAUCCGUGGCUGGCUUGUUCCGACAUCAUCUUACAUCUCUCAGGGAGUUGGAGAUUAGAUAUUGCCCAAUUGAUUGUUUCUCUCUCUCAUCACUCGAACGGCUUUGGCUUGGUUAUUGUGGUGGAUCGGACAGUCUCACUCCUACGUUGUUAAUGCAAAGUUCCCUUACUUCUCUUUCAUUCCUUGGAUUAGGUGGAGCUAACCACAUAACCGCCUUUCCAUCCGAAGUGGAGUGUAGAAGAUUUAUGUCACUGAGGGAGUUGAGACUGGCAGGGUGUAGAGAGCUGACAUCAAUUGGGCGUCUAAAGGCUCUUCCCCACCUCUCCAUGCUAAGUAUUCACAAGUGUCCCAAGCUUGUGCAAGCAGCUGCGGAAACAACUCCAGCAUCAAUUAAAUGGGUAGAGGAGCAGGAGUUCACAUCAACUGUUGAAGAACUUAAAAUCGAUGACCCGUUCCUGCUCCACAUAGAGCCAUUGAGAAAACUCGACAUCUGUCAGACUGCUAGCAAUAGAAGAUUGUAGUCAUCUGGAGGCUGCUCUCGCAGAGUCAUGGUUGUUGCAGAAUUCAACUUCACUGCGACGUCUCAAUCUGUGGGGUAAAGCAAAGUUCUUGCCUUCUAGCCUCCAAACUCUCUCUUCCCUCAAGACUUUAC